AUGGCGAUAGAUAGCGGAACCAAGGAGCAGUCGCACAAGGAACAUCGGUCCAGGCAGUCGGGGGCCAAGGCCGACAAGAAGAAGCGUGACACUUCCCAAAAUGGGAAGAAGCAAAACCCUAAAGCAUUUGCUUUUAGCUCAACUGUGAAAGCCAAGCGUCUUCAAUCUCGCUCCGUCGAGAAAGAGCAGCGCAGGCUUCAUGUCCCAACCAUUGAUCGUUCCUAUGGCGAACAACCUCCAUAUGUUGUUCUGGUGCAUGGACCUCCCAAGGUUGGCAAGUCUUUGUUAAUUAAGUCGCUUGUAAAGCAUUAUACCAAGCAUAAUUUACCGGAGGUUCGAGGCCCGAUUACCAUUGUUUCAGGGAAGCAAAGGCGGGUACAGUUUGUGGAGUGCCCAAAUGAUAUCAAUGGUAUGAUUGAUGCUGCAAAGUUUGCUGAUUUAGCAUUACUUCUCAUAGACGGAAGCUACGGUUUUGAAAUGGAGACAUUUGAAUUCCUGAAUAUUUUGCAAGUUCAUGGGUUCCCAAAGGUUAUGGGAGUUCUCACUCACCUUGAUAAGUUUAAAGAUGUAAAGAAAUUGAAGAAAACAAAGCAACACCUCAAACAUCGUUUCUGGACUGAAAUAUACGAUGGAGCUAAAUUGUUUUAUUUAUCUGGUCUCAUUCAUGGAAAGUAUGUCAAACGUGAAAUUCACAAUCUGGCACGUUUCAUAUCUGUUAUGAAGUUCCAUCCUUUAUCUUGGCGAACUGCUCAUCCUUAUGUUUUAGUAGAUCGUUUUGAAGAUGUGACUCCUCCUGAAAAAGUGCGUUUGAAUAAUAAAUGUGAUAGAAAUGUCACACUGUAUGGUUAUUUGCGGGGCUGUAACAUGAAAAAAGGAACAAAGAUUCAUAUUGCAGGUGUUGGGGAUUACAGUUUAGCUGGUAUGACAGGCUUAGCUGAUCCUUGCCCUUUACCCUCAGCUGCCAAAAAGAAGGGACUGCGCGAUAAGGAAAAACUGUUUUAUGCACCCAUGUCUGGACUUGGGGAUCUCCUGUAUGAUAAAGAUGCUGUCUACAUAAACAUAAAUGACCACUUUGUCCAGUUUUCCAACGCUGAUGAAAAGGGCGAAGCAACAAAUGAAGGAAAGCACCAAGAUGUGGGUGUGGCUUUGGUAAAAUCUCUUCAGAACACAAAAUAUUCGGUUGAUGAAAAGUUAGAGGAGAGCUUCAUUAAUCUAUUUAGUCGGAAGCCUAAUUUAUUGUCAAAUGCUCAAAGUGAUGGAAAAGAUACCUAUGAAUCUAGAGAAGAGAUCCGUAUGAUAGAGCCCUUAGAGGAAUAUCAGUCUGGGGAAGCAAUCAAAGGUGAUGGUUCUGCUGAAGAAAGCAAUGCGGAGGAUUCUGACAGUUCAGAAUCAGAAUCUUCAGAUAAGAAUGAAGUAGGUCAUAAAGAUGCAUCGGAUCAAGAUGCUAAUCUUAAAGAUCACUUGAAGGAACAUGUGGAGUUUCAUGGAGGAAGGUCAAGGAGAAAAGUUAUCUUUGGAAAUGACCUUGAUCAUAACGAUAUGGAGGAUUCAGAUUUAGAGGCUGAAGAUGAUGGCGAUAACAACAAUGAUGAUGAUAUUCAGGCAUCUUCUGGUUCAAAUUCAGAGGAAGAUGUAGAUGUUCAUGAAACAGACGAUGAGAUGGGGAACAUUGCAAAGUGGAAAGAAUCUUUGGUAGAAAGGACUUCCUCAAGACAAACUAUUAACCUUAUGCAACUUGUAUAUGGGAAAUCUACAUCGAUGCCAACAACAUCUAUCAAUGAACAUGAUAGUAGUGCAGAUGAUGAAAGUGAUGGAGAUGAUUUUUUUAAGCCAAAAGGAGAAGUAAACAAGAAACAUGGAGGAAUAGAAGGUGGAAAUUGGAAUAUCGAGGACUGUUCCAAAUUCACAAAUUAUUCAAAUCUCAAAGACUGGAAAGAGGAAAAGCUUAGAGAGGGUAUUCGUGAUCGUUUUGUUACUGGUGAUUGGUCGAAAGCUUCUCAAAGAAAUCAAGCCGCAGAGGCUAAAGUUGAAGAUGAUGAUGCUGUCUAUGGUGACUUUGAAGAUUUAGAAACUGGUGAGAAGCAUGAUGGGAAUCAUACAGAUGACGCAAGCAAUGAUGCAAACCACAAGGAAGAUGAUUUGGCCAAAGAGGAGCGGAGGCUGAAAAAGCUUGCUCUUCGUGCAAAGUUUGAUGCUCAAUUUGAUGGAGCUGAGUCAUCUGAAGAGGAGCUUGAGAGUAAACAUGAAGGCAAGUCUGGUCGAGAUCAAUCCAAAGAAAGUGGCUAUUUUGACAAGCUGAAGGAUGAGAUUGAACUUCGGAAGCAAAUGAAUAUAGCUGAACUCAAUGACCUGGAUGACGCCACCCGAUUAGAGAUAGAGGGUUUCCGGACAGGGACUUACCUCCGGUUGGAGGUUCAUGAUGUCCCUUAUGAGAUGGUUGAAUAUUUUGACCCCUGUCAUCCUAUUUUGGUUGGAGGAAUUGGUCUUGGUGAAGAAAAUGUUGGACACAUGCAGGCCAGGUUAAAGCGGCAUAGGUGGCACAAGAAAGUACUUAAGACUAGUGAUCCUAUUAUUGUUUCUAUUGGGUGGAGGCGGUACCAAACAAUACCUGUUUAUGCUAUUGAAGAUCGCAAUGGAAGACAUCGCAUGCUUAAGUACACUCCCGAACACAUGCAUUGCCUUGCAAUGUUUUGGGGCCCUCUUGCCCCUCCUAAUACUGGUGUGGUUGCUUUCCAGAAUUUAUCAAACAAUCAGGCACAAUUUAGGAUCACAGCAACAGCAGUUGUGCUUGAGUUCAACCAUGCAUCACGAAUAGUGAAGAAACUCAAACUAGUUGGUCACCCCUGCAAGAUAUUCAAGAACACUGCACUUGUAAAAGAUAUGUUCACCUCAGAUCUUGAAAUAGCUCGGUUUGAAGGAGCUGCUGUUCGAACUGUCAGUGGCAUUCGGGGGCAGGUGAAAAAGGCUGCAAAAGAAGAAAUUGGUAACCAGCCGAAAAAGAUGGGUGGACAACCAAAAGAAGGGAUUGCUAGGUGCACCUUUGAGGAUAAAAUUAAGAUGAGUGACAUUGUGUUUUUGCGUGCUUGGACCCAAGUUGAAGUUCCUCAAUUUUACAACCCAUUGACAACAUCACUGCAACCUCGUGAUAAGACCUGGCAAGGGAUGAAAACUACUGCUGAAUUGAGGAGAGAACAUAAUAUUCCUAUUCCUGUUAACAAAGAUUCACUUUACAAGCCAAUUGAAAGGAAGCUGAAGAAGUUCAACCCAUUGGUGAUUCCUAAGUCAUUGCAGGCUGCUUUGCCAUUUGCAUCAAAGCCUAAGGAUAUACCCAGUAGAGGAAGGCCACUUCUUGAAAAUAGAAGAGCUGUUGUCAUGGAGCCUCAUGAACGGAAAGUUCAUGCUCUUGUUCAACAUCUUCGAUUAAUUAGAAAUGAGAAGAUAAAGAAGCGCAAGCUUAAGGAUGAUAAAAAAAGGAAAGAAAUUGAAGUGCAGAAAGCCAAAGAAGAGCAGUUGUCGAAAAAGCGUCAGAGGGAAGAACGGCGGGAGAGAUAUCGGGAGCAAGACAAACUGAAGAAGAAAAUCAGGAGAAAUGCAGAGGACUGAUGGAUGCACAAAUUUUUGCGAACUGUUUAUGUGGCUUGGGGAAACUGGGUCAUUGUGCUUGCCGAAAAGAAAGAUAAGCGGUAGAGAUACUCUAGGAUUUGAUACUAUCUCAGAAGCAUGACCCUGAUUACGGUUCCGACAGCUCCAUUUGAGAUAAAUCGACGUGUGAGAAUUGUCAAUGUGCAAUUUUGUAGUCAUACCCUUCAACAUGCAUCAUAUGUUUGCUCUUGGCUUCCGAGUAGGUGUAUUUCUGGGUACAUUGGAGGGAUGAGACCAUGAACUUAAAAUGUCAUUUUAUAUCAGUGUUCUAAUUGCUACAUUUAUAGAAAGUUUUAAUGCAAUUAAAUACAAAA